CUCUCUCUCCUGCCUUGCGCCGGUAAGAUUGUGUAUAAAAACCCUUCUCUCGGUUUCAAUCCUCAGUCUCAACAACAGGAGCAGCAACAUGAAGUCUCUUUUCCUGGUCAGCCUCUUCGCCGCAGCCUACGCUGCCCCCGCCGCUGAAGCUGAUGCUGAAGCUGACCCAGCCCUUCUCUACAACUCCUACUACAACUACCCCUACACCUACGGGUAUGCCGCCCCCGCCGUUGUCCCUGCUGUCCACACCGCAGCAGUGAAGAGCGUCGUUGCCCAGCCCGCUACCGUUGAGGUUAAACACGUUGCCCAACCCGCUGUCUACUCUGCUGUCCACGCUCCCCUCUCCUACUCUGCCUACCCCUACACCACCUAUAACACCGCUGUCCACGCUCCCCUCGCCUACCACGCUGGUGUUGCCCCCAUUGCCUACACCGCCGGUGUUGCCCCCCUCUCAUACACUGCUCCUGUUGUUGCCAAGGCUGCCAGUUACUACGCUAACUCCGGUGGUGCCGUCCAUGUUGUAAAGCGUGCUGCUGACGCUGAAGCUGAUGCUGAUGCUUACUACUAUGGAGGAUAUCCCUAUGGAUACUCUGCAUACAGAGGAUAUAGAUAUGCCCCUUACUCUGCCUAUAGAGGAUACAACGGAUAUGCUUACUACGGAUAAGAAUCCAGUUCCCACCAUCAGAGAUAGCUUUUUUCUUUUUUAACUUUUUGUAAAAUUUUAUUUGUUCCAUACAAAAAAUUAUCCUUCAAGUACAAAUAAAUGCUUAAAAAAUUUAA